CCCACCCAGAUCUAUUCAACACUAAGGGUCACCCUCUUCCUCUAUAGUACGUGAAAGGGGUAUAAGAUUAAAACAAGUGUCUUUACUGGUGCUUGAAAAAUAACGUUUUUGCACACACUUUAUCUGAGGAACUCCAUUGACUCAGAGCUGCAGGCUGGGUUGACCUGACUUGGAAAAAGAACGCUUUGUGGAAGGCAUGGCAAAUUCUGCUCAUAGGCCACUAUAAUGCCUAGGAAGCAAAGUGGGGGGAAAGGUCAGUCCUGCCUUGUUUCCAGGUGGAAGGCUGCAGUUUGUUGUCAUUAGCAAAUCAAUCUCCAUCAGAAUAUAGCUACUUGUAGUUAUGUUUUACUACUGCACAUUUGCUCAGUGGCUUUCUGUCUAGGGAGGAGGAAAUAGGUCAGAAGCACAAGGAACUAUUUCUGGGCCCUGGCCUUUGGGAAAGCAGCCUUGUCCUGUUUACACAUCCUCUCUCCAGAUUUGCACAACCUGACCACAGAAACGUCACCCUCUAAGCCCAGGUAAACAGGCAACUAAAUAGUCUCCAGUCAGCCAAUAGCUAUUAAGAAACCAAGGGAGCCCAGAAGCCUAUACUAAGCAACUUUGAUAAACACAGAAGAAAACAGCAGCCCAAACCUCCUGACUUUGGGCUGCUGGAGCAAAGAGGUAUUCCCAUCUUGAGGUGGAGGCCACACAAUGCAAGUUCUGAGCCCCUCUCCAGCACGACCCUUGAGCAGUCACCCCUUGUAGUACCCAUCCAGUUACACCACCAAAUUGAGGUAGAGAGGGCACAAGGAAGAAGGAAGUCUCUUAUUCAGCAAUGAGUCUGGAUGAAUCAGGUCUCCCUUAGAAAACAAAACUGGAAGAAGGGGCCUGUGUCUGGACUUUUUUACAUCACCUUCUUCAGAAAGUUGGUUGGGAAUAGAAUGUAGAAUGAUUCAGGAACAUAAUAGGGUAAAAGGCUAAGAGGAGAAGGUUUUUCUAAAGAGCCAGGCACUCCUCCAGGUCAGCUUGUGCCCAGGUAAUCAAAGUGUGUUGGCAGGGGAGAGGGAGGGUGGUAGGGAGACGGCGAUAGAGAUAUGGAGAGAUGGAGAGAGAUAGAAAGGCAGAGAGGAGACAGAUGGUAUAUGAGGUGCAUGCUUGUUGUAUGGAGCCAGAAAAGGAAGUCAUCAUGCAUCUGAAUGUGUCAUUGCCAAGUUCCAAGACCAAAAAGCCUGGGUCCCUGUCAAACACUGGAUUUUCUUAUGACCCUGAAGUCCCCAAAUAAACCAGCCAACUUCCCCCACUUCUCUAUCAGCUAUUUCAGAGACGCUACCAGUAGAAUCUUAUCUUCAGCCUUUAUUGCCAAUGUUGUUUUUGUUUAUGGUAAGGAGAAAAAUAACUCUCGUGUUUCUGUAGGGAUCUGCAAUAAGUGGGUAAAGCUGAGCUGUAGAAUGGAGAGAAUUUGAGAAAUGACCCACACCUCCACCAAUAGCUGCAAUGGAAGUGAGGCCUUUACCUCCUAGAAUUGGAAUGGUGGGGUUCAAAUAAAAUAAUGUAUGUGAACUUGUUGAGCUGAGCCCUGUCCCUUGGAGUCAUGUAAAUGCAUUUGUUCUUUCUCGAUGGUAAAUUUUGUCCUUUGGGGAAGGGAGGAAGAGGGAGGAAGUCACUUUCAUAUUGAGCUUUUUGAGACUGUCCCAGCAGCUUCAUCACCUACCAUCCACUCCUACCAUCCUAAUCCAAGGCCUGUCCCCCUAUCUACUCUUGCCUUCCAGAGUUUAUUCUUCACACAGCAGCCAGAGUGAUCUUUUUAAAAAACACAUAUAGCAUCUUGUCACUUCCCUCUUUAAAACCCUUCAAAUGCCCCCAUCAUAGAGUAGACUUAAACCCUUUGCUAUGGGUUAUUAGGCCCUAAUGUGUGUUUCAUCCUCUUACUUCAUCUCCUAUCAUCCUUCCUGCGGCCCACUCUGCUGCAGCCACACUGACCUUUCUGUUUCUGAGCUCACCAGACUGUUCCCUCCUCAGGGCUUUUAUAUUAGCUGACCCCUUUGCCUAGAAUACCGUCUGUUCUUGUCACUUGUCAUAGAGGUCUUGUCUGAUCACCCAGACUAAAUGAGUGCCCCCAUCAUUCUAUUUCAUUUGCUUCAGAGCAAAUGGUAAUACCAGUUCAACUGAUCUUGUCUAUCAUUUGUUGACUUGUUUGUUCCAUUACUGAAUGCCUAGUGCUAAGCAGAGCCUGGCACGUAGUCGACCUCUAGUAUUCGUUGGAUAAAUGAUCGUUUCAAAUCCUAACAACAAUCUUGUGAUGUCUGUGAGAAAACGGAGGUUCUGCCGGCUCAGGAUGAGAUUCCUGCUCUGUCUGAACGCGGGACUCGCUUUCCUUCCCAGGAUAUCUCGCUCCUUCCACCGCGAGCGCAGCUCCCCUUCGCUCCCAUCUUUCUCUCACACUUAAUCCCUUUCUCCGGGAAUGUAAGGCCGUACUUCCAGUCCCUUCUCAGAGCCUGGUGCUGUGGCUCUCAAGCCCUCCCACAUUUCGGGAACUCAGAAACACCGCCCUUUUCCUGAAAUGGACCCUCCGAGUACGCGCAACCCUUUCCCUAACCCCGGAUCAGGGGCAGAAAGAGGACCCGCACCAUCUAUGGUAAAUAGGGUGGUCUCCUUAGCCCACUGGCUUAGCGCCCUCACUCCGCGCCCCCUCCCUAGCUGGAGACCUUCAGGGCCGUGUAGGGGCCAGGAAGAGGUUCCAGGAGUCAAGGGCAUUGAGGACGUCCAGGCCCAAACGGGAUGGGCCAACUGCGCGCAGCAGAACAUUUCUCCACCGGGCCCGCGUGUGCCUGCCGGUUGGCUUAGGCGGAGACACCCCACUUAGCGUACCGCCCGCUCCCGCCCUCUCCUACCGGCCCUGUCUGCGAAAGCUCGCCUUCCUCCCCGCCCAAGUUCCGGCGCCGCUCUUGCGGGAGCGUUCCGCAUCGCCCCGGGGACUCCCACGCGAGGAUCUCCGAAGCCGCUGGCAGCGCCUGGCACUUCUGAGCUCGGGGGACGAGAGCCUGCAGGUUUCCUCCAGUCAGGGACGGCGAAGGGCAGAAAGCGCAGGAGGAGGCAGUGUUAGGCCUUAGGCCGGGUGGGCCGGGUCAGGAGAGACGCGCCCAUCUUUCGCCAUCCGGGGUGCGCGAGGUCCUCUCGGGACCCGGCCGGCGACCCGUAGCUCGGGCACGCGCCUGUCGCAUCCCGCAGGAAGGAGGGGUCCGGCCUGAGGCCCGGGGCGGCGGCCGCCAUGGAGAUACCCUCGGUCCAGGGCCGGCGCCUGGGACCUGGCGGGUGGCCCUGACCGCCUUCCUCCCUGCCCGGGCUGGGUCGCGGACGUGCCCUUCGCGGCACUCGGCCUCCUCUGCGUCUCCGCCUUCCCCGGGCCGCACUGCUGCCUGGGCGCGGCGGCGGCGACGGCGCCCUGUUGAAUGGGCUGUGAGGGCCCAGGUUUGAAGCGCUGGCGAACGCGGCCUCCGGGGGCGCACGGCAGCAGCAGCGGUGGCGACCAAACGGGUGUUGGAGUUGGCGGCGGCCAUGGAGGGCCUGGCUGGCUAUGUAUACAAGGCGGCCAGCGAGGGCAAGGUGCUGACUCUGGCCGCCUUGCUUCUCAACCGGUCUGAAAGCGACAUCCGCUAUCUGCUUGGCUAUGUCAGCCAGCAGGGAGGGCAGCGCUCCACGCCCCUCAUCAUCGCAGCCCGCAAUGGACACGCAAAGGUGGUACGCUUGCUCUUAGAACAUUACCGGGUGCAGACUCAGCAGACUGGCACCGUCCGCUUCGACGGGUAUGUCAUUGAUGGUGCCACUGCUCUUUGGUGUGCAGCUGGAGCAGGACAUUUUGAAGUUGUUAAACUUCUAGUCAGCCAUGGAGCCAACGUGAACCAUACCACAGUAACUAAUUCAACCCCCCUGCGGGCAGCAUGCUUUGAUGGCAGACUGGACAUUGUGAAAUACUUGGUUGAAAAUAAUGCCAACAUCAGCAUUGCCAACAAAUAUGACAAUACCUGCCUAAUGAUUGCGGCAUAUAAGGGACACACUGAUGUGGUCAGAUACCUUUUAGAACAACGUGCUGAUCCCAAUGCCAAAGCACAUUGUGGAGCCACAGCAUUGCACUUUGCAGCUGAAGCUGGACACAUAGAUAUUGUGAAAGAGCUGAUAAAAUGGCGUGCUGCUAUAGUAGUGAAUGGCCAUGGGAUGACGCCAUUGAAAGUAGCUGCCGAAAGCUGUAAAGCUGAUGUCGUUGAACUGUUACUCUCUCAUGCUGAUUGCGACCGAAGAAGUCGGAUUGAAGCUUUGGAACUCUUGGGUGCCUCCUUUGCAAAUGACCGUGAGAACUAUGACAUCAUAAAGACAUACCACUAUCUAUAUUUAGCCAUGUUAGAGAGGUUUCAAGAUGGUGAUAACAUUCUCGAAAAAGAGGUUCUUCCACCAAUCCAUGCUUAUGGGAAUAGAACUGAAUGUAGAAAUCCUCAGGAACUGGAGUCCAUUCGGCAAGACAGAGAUGCUCUUCAUAUGGAAGGCCUUAUAGUUCGGGAACGGAUUUUAGGUGCUGACAAUAUUGAUGUUUCUCAUCCCAUCAUUUACAGGGGAGCUGUUUAUGCAGAUAAUAUGGAAUUUGAGCAGUGUAUCAAGUUGUGGCUUCACGCCCUGCACCUCAGACAAAAAGGUAACAGGAACACCCACAAGGAUCUUCUUCGAUUUGCUCAAGUUUUCUCACAAAUGAUACAUUUGAAUGAAACUGUGAAGGCCCCAGACAUAGAAUGUGUUUUGAGAUGCAGUGUUUUGGAAAUAGAACAAAGUAUGAACAGAGUGAAAAAUAUUUCAGAUGCUGAUGUCCACAAUGCUAUGGACAAUUAUGAAUGUAAUCUCUAUACCUUUCUGUAUUUAGUGUGCAUCUCUACCAAAACACAGUGCAGCGAAGAAGAUCAGUGCAAAAUUAACAAGCAGAUCUACAACCUGAUUCACCUUGAUCCCAGAACUCGUGAAGGUUUCACCUUGCUGCAUCUGGCUGUUAACUCCAAUACUCCAGUUGAUGAUUUCCACACCAAUGACGUCUGCAGCUUUCCAAAUGCACUUGUCACAAAGCUCCUGCUGGACUGUGGUGCUGAGGUGAAUGCCGUGGACAAUGAGGGAAACAGUGCCCUUCAUAUUAUCGUUCAGUACAACAGGCCCAUCAGUGAUUUUUUGACCUUGCACUCCAUCAUCAUUAGCCUAGUUGAAGCUGGAGCUCACACUGACAUGACGAAUAAACAGAAUAAGACUCCGCUAGACAAAAGUACAACUGGGGUAUCUGAAAUACUACUUAAAACUCAAAUGAAGAUGAGUCUCAAGUGCCUGGCUGCCCGAGCAGUUCGGGCUAAUGACAUUAACUACCAAGACCAGAUCCCCAGAACUCUUGAAGAGUUUGUUGGAUUUCAUUAAGUGACUGGAUAUGUAAAGUCGUUUAAUGUGGUGCUAAAAAGUAAAGGACUUUAAUCACAGACAGUAGAAUUAUGUGUUCAUAAAUUCUGCUUUUCUUUCCACUACCCUUCCUCCCAUCCCAUCCUUCCUUAGUUCUGUAUUUGUUUUUCUUGCCUCAUGAUAAUUGAUUUCAGACAGACUUUAAACAAAGCCACAUUGUUUUGGUGUAACUAUAAGGUAUUUGGAUAUUGGUCACCUAUUUGUCUUUCUUUUUUUUAAAGGAACAGAUAUAAAAUGUUUUGUUUAUGUAACAAAGGACAUUUAUAAUUUCAAGUUGAUAAUGUUUUAAACAGCUGCUUACAAAAGUAUUUCUGUUAAGCCUAUGUCAGCAUGUUAUCCAUGCAGCAGUUUUGAGGAUUUUAUGAAGAAAAAGAGCUAAAAAGGAACAUUAAAAGGAAUGGGAUAUCCAGGUGUUCUGCACAUGCCAAACUGCUGUAGAUAGUUUACACUCUCCCAUUAUUUAUACAGAGUGAUGCAGCACAUUUUAGCAUUCCGGAGGAUUUUUUAAAAAUAGCUGCAGAUUAAUCUGGAAAAUGUGCUAAUUUAAUAAUAGUUACAAAUUUAUAAAGUUAAAUCCAUUUGAAAUUGUUGCAUUAUGCUGGGUAGUAUAUACAAAAUGGUUAUCAUCUUAAACCAACUUUUCAGAGAAUCUUGAUGGACUCUGCCUUUAGGCUUGAAUUCUUCAAAGUCUAUUUUAAUGAAAUUUAUCUAAAUUGCAGCAGUCUAUUUGAUUCAGCUCACAGACAUGUAAAAAUUAUGAAUGCUGUUUUCUUAUGAAACAAAUUGUCACAGUGUAGUUAUACAUUCUAUUUUUGUCCCCUUUUCCCUUUUCCUCCUGUAUCUUUUAAAAUUUGGAAACAACUUUUCCAGAAGGCAUUAUUUAUGCCUCCCUAAUAAGGUAUUUUAUUUAUAACAGAUGAAAAGGAACCAGGAUAUUUUUGAAUUUUUUCACUUUCUUAGACUGUGACAAGAAGUAAAAAUAUCACUAGUGUGGUAUAGGAACUUACGUGUUUUUUAUGAUGAAAAUAAUUCUCAAUGCCACUUGAAAGGUAAUUGUGUCUGAGAGCUGCAAAUUUUUCAACCACAAAAUGUCACUUAUUCCUACAGGUUAUACAGAGGUCUUUAUGGUUUUUUUGUUUUGUUUUGUUUUAAUGGCAACAUUGUAACUGUCAAACUAAAAAGGUAUUCUGUGAUUAUCUUUUAAGCGUUACAGAAAUUCAAGUGAAAGUUAUAUGCUUAUUUCUAUUGAUGUUAAAAAUGAUAAUGAAAACAAAAUUAGCUAUAUCUGUAAUUUUCUCUCUAGUGCCAAAUGAAUGCCUUAGCUACUCAUAGUGCAUGGUACUGUAAGUGAAGACCUGUAGCUUUUUUUUUUCUUUAAUGAAAAGCAUUAUAAUGAUGUAGCAGCAUCAGAUACAAACUUAAAAAAAAAGUUUCAAUUAACAUUUUAUAUAUGGAUAAUGCUUUGUAAAGUAUAAGAGAAAGGUUGCAGUUGGAUCAGUAUAAAACAAUGACCAAGCCAAAAUCAGCACCUAGGGCCUUAAAUAAAAUAGAGAUACCCCACAAAAUGAAGUAUUUUGAAGGAUGGGAGGAGACAGAAUGGGGGACUAUCCCCCAAGGAUGCAAGAUACUUUUUACAGUUGCUAUCAUUAUACUUUGUCUUCUUGCUUCAGUUAGGAAGGUUUUGAUGGUAAAUUCUGUCAUGGUAAUAGAUAUCUAUUUUCCUAACUUGAGAUUUUACAAGGAAGGUUUUUAGGUUGGCUUAAACGAGGUAUUUAUUUGAGUGAGCCCUAAUUUGAAAAUUACCAGACUUGAUCCUCCUGGUAUGAAUCAAGGAAAUACUGUACCUUGCUCUUAGCAACUCUCAGUGGCCUGAAAGAGAAAAUGCACUUCUUCAAGGUGAGUGAAUCAUGCUUUUUCCACAGUUCAGAUCAGACCCUUUAUUUUUCAAACUACAAGGCCUGCUUAUUGGACAGUCUAAGGAAUAGCUUUGAUACUUGGUAUUCAGUUGGUUCCAUUAUUAAUGUAUAUUAUUUUAAUUUAAACAUCAAAACUUAAAAUAUCAGAUAAUGUUGCAUGUUUUAAAAACACAUUUCAUCCCUUUGGCUACCCAGGACCAGCACUAUUUAAGACACUGCUUAUUUAUAAAAUGAGGAUAAUGAUUAUAUGUACAUAUUCAGACAUCAAAAUUUAAUGACAUUCUAUUUUGAGAAGGGAAGACAAUGCUGAAGAAAGUAAAACUGUUGAUUGAAAUGCUGACAGGUUAGAGAACGAAUUUGAAGACAGUGGAACAAACUAUGAACUAUGCUAAUGGUAAUUAGAUUUUUUUUGUUUAUUUAGUAUAGUGGUAAAUUGUGUAGUAUCUUGCUGAGAAUCUAAUUCUAUCUUGUAAAAUCAAUCCAAAUGUGUAUUGUGAAACACCUGUAUAAAAUCAUUUUUGAAAUAAGUGAUCUACAUGCCUGUUUUUUAAAAAUGUUUUUGGUAGAAUUGUUUGAAAAUAUGUUUAGCCAGACCCUUCCCCAACUUAAUUUUUUUUUAAAAAAGGAAAAUAGGUAAGAAAAUGAUAGUUCUAUAUCUCAGCCCUCUGUGAACUCUAGGCUGUCUCCAUUUGGCAGCCACUUUGGUCAUUUGAUGUUUACUAUUGGUAUACUUAUGCUUUGAAUUGUAACUCUUCAUUGAUGGUAUUACAGAUUCAACCAAAACUUCUCUGUCCUGUUCAGUAAUUGUUAUAUAAAUCUGGAUGAGCUAGGGAGGCCCAGGUGGAUGUUUUCAUUCGCAAAUCAUGAGAAACUUAAGUGGGUUUUAUGCACUUGAUAGAGUUGGCAAAAUUGAACUAUUGAGUUUAAGUUAACUAUUUAACUCAAGGAAUGGGUGGCAAACCCAUCCCCUCAAUUGAUAAAGAAGGGGGAACAUUUUUACAUUAGAACUGACACUGACAACAUAGCUUUUUCAGUCCACCCUGGUUGCUCUAGUAGCUCACAGCCCAAUCACGUUAAGGUUCUUUGCUGUGGGAAUUUUAAAUAACCAAACCCCAAAGCAGACCAUCUGUAAGCUUUGGUCUGCUUGUUUCUGAGAAGGGUUUUAUUUCAUAAUACUAAUAGUGGCCUAAUAAUUGGUAAUUGUGAGAACUUAGACAUGAUAGCAUUGUUUGAAGUAAAAUAUGAUUUGGGGGCAGCACCUUUCUAAAUACCAACUCUGUUUGACAAAUGUUUUGAAAAUUAAAAUUUCAAGUGAGCAACACCCUGUUAAGAGUUUCCACUAUAGUUGAGGCAGCUACUUUAUGAAUAAGACCACUUUGGGUUAUUCAAGCAGAAGCAUUUCUUUUUUUUGGAAUAGGGUGGGAUGAGGAGUGAGUUGCCAGACCUUUGAUUACAGUUUACUGGUUUAGAAACAGCCAGUGGCUGAAUUAGUGCAUAGAUGAAUGAAAGUAUAAAGAACUUGUUUUUUAUGGUAGAUUUUCUGUAAGAAUCUUAAAUGUUCCUUUUCAGAUUAGUCAGAUGUGUUGAUGCACACAUGACUAUUCUGUUUUUCUCACUGACUAUAACAUUAAAAAGGGGUUAAAGAAAACAAAACUCUGCCUUUUGUGCUAUAAAAUAUUUUUAGUCCAGAGGUUUUAAGCUGUGUGUCCAUUCCUACUCUGAAAAUGCAUAGCUUUGUUCUGGAUGUCAUCUCUUGAAAGUAGAAAACUCCUAUGUGUUUAUCACAUUGCAGGGCUUUCUUAUGUAUUUUCUGGCAGACUUGCCCAAAUCUUUAGAUGGGCUGGGUUGUACAGCAUGCCCUCCCCCAAAUAUGGGAUCUGAAAUAAAUACCACACUAUUGAUAGUGGAGAUAUAUUAAUUUUUAAAACUGUAAAGUAAAUGUGGUCUCUAGUCUAGGUUUGUGGUGUGUACCUUUGUGUUAAUGUGUAGGGAAGAGACAGUGACUUGAUGUUUAUGGGGAGUGUAUCUUGAUGUGUGUAUAGGGGUAAGUAUUGCUAAAUUAUUAACAGCUUUUAUUCAGGGUGAGUCAUGUGAUGAAUGGCCUAAUCAGGAAAAUGAAGGAGCGAAGAUGCAAGCUUGCCAAAUGAUGAAACGAACAAGAUUUUGUAUCUAUUUUUUAUCAGGUGUCGUAAAAUUUGUGCAUGGCUUUUUGUUGUUGUUGCUUAGUAACUGGUAGAGAAGAAAAGAUGAGGAAAGAAACUCAGCUUUCCUCACCAGUCUUUUCAGAGGUACACAGUUGGGGAGUAAAAUCUGACUGGCCUAAUCGAUGGAAAAGACCCUGUCCUUUUCACCCCAUCCUGCAAUCCUCCGUGCAGAGGAACUACAUUGUUGUAUUCUAGUAAUUCACUGUGAUUUAUAACAAACCGGUGAUGUCAUUCUAUUGUGCACUUUUGUCAAACCAUUUAUGUGACUUUAAUAAACAUAGUAAACUUGCCGACUGCA